AUGAACACCGUUUCAACAAUCAAAGCUGUGCUUCUGGAUGCUGAGCAUAAACAGGCUAACAACCCUAUACUUAGAAUUUGGCUCGAAACGCUAGAUGAUUCCUUUUAUGAUGCGGAUGACUUGCUGGAUGCUAUUUCCACGGAUGCUCUACAAAGGGAAAUAUUGACCCGUGAUAAGAAGGCAAAAAAGGUACGCAUUUUCUUUUCCAAAUCAAACCAACUUAUCUCUCGUUUUAAAGUGGCCCAUAAGAUUAAGGCCAAGAUUAAGGCCAUCAGAAAGAGGUUAGAUGAAAUCUACUACGAAGGGCAGAGGUUCAACUUGGAUGUACGCAAGGAUGAAGAGACACGAGUCAGUAACAGUUGGAGGGAUAGUGACGUUAUUUCGUUUGUACAUCCGACAACAGUUAUUGGUCGAGAGGAUGAUAAGAAGGCUGUUAUAGACCUUCUGAUGAACUCCAACGUUGAAGACAAUGUUUUAAUCCUUCCAAUUGUUGGCAUCGGUGUAUUGGGAAAGACUAUACUCGCUAAAUUCGUAUACAAUGAUCACCAAAUCGUUGAACAUUUUGAGCUCAGAAUGUGGGUGUAUGUCUCUUAUUCCUUCCAUGUUACAAAUAUUGUUAAAGUAAUCUUAGAAUCUGCCACAUACACGAUACAACCGGCUGUUGAAAUGAAUACACUGGUAGGUCAACUUAAGGAAAUAAUCGGUGGAAAGAAAUACUUCCUCGUGUUGGAUGAUGUGUGGAAUGAGGAUCAUGAAAAAUGGUCUGAAUUGAAAGAAGUGCUGAUGGGUGGUGCAAGGGGCAGUAGAAUAUUAGUGACAACCCGCAGUGAAAUCGUUGCAAGGACCAUCCGCCAGGAAAGCGUUGCAGGGAUUAUUGGGACUGUUAAAUCAUAUUCCUUGAAAGGUUUAGAUGAAGAUGCGUCAUGGUAUUUAUUUAAGCAAAGGGCAUUUAAGAUAGGACAAGAGCCGGAGAAUUCAAUCAUUGUCAGACUUGGGAAGGAGAUCGUACAAAAGUGUUUAAGUGUCCCUCUGGUCAUAAGUACAAUUGCAGGUUUACUGUACUCCAUAAAUUCAGAAAAAGAGUUGUUGUUUGUGAAGAAAAAUGGACUCUCAAGAAUAUCUCAGAAUAAAAAUGACAUCUUACCAACUUUGAAGCUAAGUUAUGAUCAUCUCCCUUCACAUUUAAAGCACUGCUUUACUUAUUGUAGUUUGUUUCUGAAGGAUUACAUGAUUGAUAAAUCAACAUUGAUUAAGCUUUGGAUAGCACAAGGGUUUGUCAAGCUAUCGGAUCAAAACCGAUGCUUGGAAGAUGUUUGUGAUGAGUAUUUUAUGGAUUUACUAUGGAGAUCAUUCUUUCAAGAACCUGUAAUGGAUGAGUUUGAUGAUAAGGCCGAGGAAACAUUGCUCAAGUUCAUUGAGAAGAUUCAAGCGGUGCCGGGACACGAAGAAUAG